GAGUGAAAAAGUCUCGCCGUAACCGGGCUGCCCCGUAAAUCAAAACGAGCCCACCUUCUACACACUGACACCGACUGGGCUAACGUUCCCCAGAAUGAACAUGUUUCAGGAAGAAGUUGGCGCCUGAGGUCCCGUAUACGAUUAGCUAGCACGCUAACCGAAAGUAUGAAAAAUAUUUCACUGUAGUGUUUUUUCUUUCCAUCGUUAUUAAAGAAUUCCACUAUGAACGACAUGGAAUUCAGUGUGCCCCUGUCCUCGCUGGCACUCCUGGUCCCACCACUCCGACUGAUGUCAGCAGUGAUGUGGGAAGUGGUACGCCAGAGGAACAUAAAGCACUAUGGGAAACUCGAGGAGUUUGUGUCCAUGGUAACAGAUGCAGUUCCUGAACUGAUGAGUAAAAGAGAAGGCAGACUGCUGUCACUGGGCCUCAGAGCAAGGACAACUCUUGAACUGUUGCGUUCAGAACAUCCUGAAGAUCUCAAGGCUGUUGAGACACACCUCAAUCGAAUCCGAUCGUCUUGCAUUGAGGAGACAAAUGAUCCUGUAAUUGAAGCACCAGAGGCAAACUUUAUGAAGCUGGUGCAGGGCCUUAUUGAAGACACUGAUGGCAGAGAACAUUUCCUCAAGAAUGUGUUUCCAGUGGAGUAUGGCCCUGACUUUGACACUGCACUCGAAACUUUGGUGUGUGAAUUCUUCACUAGACUGGAGGAGCUGCUGCCAAUACCAGAUUUCAAACAGACUGCAUCCUGGAUCAGUGCUGCCCCCUCUGUCUUAGAGGAGUACAUGCAAUGUGUGUCGAAUGGCGAAGACCUCAAAUUUCUUCUCCAAAGCAAACAGUGCCAUGGGAAAUUGGCCAAGAGUAAUGUUGCUCCAUUUCAGUCAGAUGAUCUUCUCAUUCCCUCUCUGUGUCUCCCUCCAUCGCUGGAGGUCGCCAUUGCUUCCCAUCCAAGCGCUUGUGAUGAUGACAAUAGUGACGUUCCUCAGAUUGUCAUGUUCGAUGAAGAACUGUCUACAAACCCUUCCACAUCGACUGACUUUCCUGAAUCGCCCAAAAGAACUGACAUCUUAUCUUCUCCUCGCAGGAAGCAGCAGUCAGGUAUGCAUAAAUGCCCUGAGUGUGACAAAUGCUUCAAGCAUCACUCUGUCCUCAUCGAGCACCAGAGAGUCCACACUGGGCUUCAGCCUUACAACUGCUCUGAGUGUGGGAGGGCAUUCAGGACAGCCACUCUACUGGCCGGUCACAGGCUGAGGAAAUGCAAAAAUGCUGCAUAUCUAUGCAUUAAAUGUGGGAACAGUUUUCCAACCUCACUGGACAAAUUCAGACACCACUGCCCAAAACGUGGCCGUAACUAUGAUUGUGUGCAGUGCGGAAAGAGUUUUCAGAAGUCUAGCAGCUUAAAGGAACACUUGCUAACUCAUGCCCAAAGCCGCCUUUUCAAGUGCAGUCAUUGUGGGGUAGGUUUUUCAGGAAUUGGCGACCUGAAGUAUCAUCAGCAGGUAGAUCAUGAUAAGCCUUAUCAGUGUAAACAAUGUGGAAAGAGCUUUAUCUCCUCCAAGUGUCUGGCCAAGCAUCAACAACGGCAUGAAGAGGUCGGUGAAAUGGUGGCUACCAAAUUAAUGAGUGGAGGUAAACAUAGAAAGAGUGGCUCCACUCAUCGAUCAUCCUUGACUUCUGUGUCCUCCAGGAAAACAUCUGUCAAAACUGUUUACCCACGAGGGCGAGUCACACAUAACUGUCCACUGUGCGGAAGGAGUUUUAAGUAUCGUUUUGAAUUUCUGGAACACCAGAGGUUUCACACUGCGGUGAAGCCCUACAAAUGCUCUCAGUGUGGUAAAGCCUUCCGCACAGAAGCUCACCUGUCCGGGCACAGGAAGAGGAAAUGUAAAAACGCUGCCCACAUUUGCACCAAGUGUGGGUGUCAUUUCAGGUCUCUACCCGAGCGGGUCAGACAUCAGUGUGUCCAGCUGCUGACAAAAUAUGAGUGUUCUCAUUGCGGAAAGACCUUCAAGAUGGCCCACCUGCUGAGGAACCAUCAGAUGAGUGAACACCAGCUCCCCUACAGCCCUAACCAUCGCUUCAGGUGCAGAUACUGUGAUGAAACUUUCCCUGGCAUCAGCGAGCUGAAGUACCAUCAGAGGGUUGACCAUGAGAAACCCUAUCAGUGUCAGGAAUGUGGCAAGUGUUUCCUGUCUGAAAAAUGCCUGGCCAACCACGAGCUUCGCCACAACGAUGACCGACCAGAGAGCUGUCUCGUCUGUGGCCGAGGCUUCAGAAAUCGUUACGACUUGAAGCAGCACAUGCGCACUCACACAGGAGAGCGACCAUAUCAGUGCACUCACUGUUCACAGUGUUUCUCCACAGCAGGAGGACUGAGGAGUCACACCAGGGUUCACACUGGCGAAAAGCCACAUGUUUGUCCAGAUUGUGGCAAGGCUUUCUCUCAGAUGGGUGCAAUGCGUACCCACAGACUCACCCACACAGGAGAAAGGCCGUUCAAGUGCACAGUGUGUGGCAAAGGUUUUACAAUGGCACACAAGGUAACUGUUCACAUGCGCGUGCACACAGGAGAGCGGCCAUACGUGUGCUCUCAAUGCGGGAAAGCCUUCUCAGACGGUAGUGUGCUGAAACAGCACAUGCUGAACCACUCAGGGGUGAGACCAUACCACUGCCAAAUCUGUCCCAAGACGUACACCUGUCUGAACCAUCUGAGGAGGCACCUGAAAAGCCACUCCAACAUGAACUGAAUCGGGCGUAAAGACAAACUAGAGCAGAAUCAGGAGUUAGGCUACUAAAAUUGCAAUGGAUCAGGUGAAUCAAGCAAUACAUUGAGCAAUAUAGAAUGAUGUUGUACAGUUGUUGUUAAAAUUGAGAUGAAACAUUCAAUUUUCUCUUCACUGUAAAGUAAAUGUAGUCACAGCCAGUUGUCAAGGACAAUGUGAACAUUUAAAGGAAUAGGCUGACAUUUUAAGAAUGGCACUUAAUUGCUUUGUUGCAGGUUAUUAGAUGAGACCACUGUAAUUUCUGUUCCUCCAUAAAAUGGAAGCAGGCGACUGUUAGCUUAGCUUAGCACAAAGAUUGGAAACAGGAACACACAGCUAGCCUGGCUCUGUCCAACGAUAGUCAACAUCCACCCGACAAUGAAAUGGUCUAGCAUGUACAAAACAUUUUUGGAUUUUGUAUAGAUAAACAAGAUAUAGCAAGCUAAUUAUUGAGUUUUAGAGGUGCUAGUAGAUUGAUUUUUUAAAAAUUUUUUUGUAUUAUUCUUAUUUUUUUAACCUUGAACAAUAUUCGAUUAGCUGUUUCCACAUGCCUAGUCUUUAGGCUAAGCUAAUCGGCUGUAGCUGUAGCUUCAUAUUGAAAGGACAGAUGUGAGUUUGGUGUUAAUCUUCUCAUCUCACUCAGCAAGAAAGUGAAAAAGCAUAUUUCAUAAAAGGUCCCUUAACAUCAGCACAACUUUUCAGUUCUUUUUCUUUGUUCCUUACCAGGCUGUUUCUUUAGUGUUUUAUUUCUCUUACCAGUUCCAUAUGCAUGAGUAUGUUUGGAUGUUUUAUUUGACAUACCAUAUGUUCUGAAAUGAUGUGAUGUUGAAGACUAUAUUUUUGGAAAGGCCUCAAAAGUUCUAGAAAUGUUAAUGUUGGAUCUGUAAAUAUUAUGAAGGACAACUUCUUGUGAGUGCAAAGUUAAAAUCCUGACACGAUUUAUUUCGAUAACUUUAUUCCAAUAGGCCUUCUAUAUCCACCUCUAUGGUUUGUAAACUUUGUGAAUUUCAAAUUAAAGUACCUUGGUUAUACCUGG